AUGGCGAAGACGGUGGGGAGUGCGGCGUGGAUCUCUGCAGAGAAGGAGAAUGUGCUCGACAUCCUUCGGACGGAGAAGGAAGAGCUUGUCUUCCCAGCUCAGCAUGAGCUCGAAUGGCUGAACGAGCAUAUGCAGGACAUCUUCAGCUCGAGUCAUGCAAACAUUACCAACGUGUUUAAGACGCCGGGCAAGAUGCAUGGGAAGACGCCAAAGACGAACAGGAAGCGCAAUGUUGAAGCGCGUGUGCCACUGAGCGACGUCUUCUCAGUGAAGCCAGCUCAGAAACAUCAGAGCCCCACGAAGAUACAUUUCAAUAAGCCACCUCCUCGAUUCGAGAUCCCCGCGGACGCAUCACAGACACAGAAGAACAUCAUUCCGUCGCAAGCAGACUCGGGAUACCAUACAUCCACGCAGUCGCAAGCAGAUCCCGACGAGUCCAUGUAUCCCAUAAUCGAACCAGUACAGAAUGAAGAACGAGUCCCCGUGCGAGAACAAAGUCCGGAACGGCGAACGACUGAGGGCUCUUUCCAUUCCGCGAAAGAGGACCAGACUACCAAGAUCACGCGAGAAGCUCAACCCAAAGCGGCGGACGCCGCUGCGCCCGCCGAGUCACAAGAGCAAGCUCCCCAGGAGCCCCAACCAGUCCCGCAGCCAGAGAUUCCACAGGAAGAGCCAGCGAACGAUGAUAUCGAGAUGGACGACAUCGGCUCGCCCUCAGACGAGUCUACGCCCGAUCGACCACUUGUCAGGAAGGGCAGCCUGACCUUCGCCUCACUACCAGCUCGAGAACCGAUGAAGACGAGCAUUGGUGCUCGCGUUUCUCACCAGAAGAAGUCCUUCGGCCCUUCGAGGAACAGCCAGUCCCUCCACCAUGCACCACCCGUGUCUCCAGAGAAAGACGAGGAUGAGUUUGAUGAAGAUGAUAUCGUUAUGGGUGAUUCUCACAUCGAAAUUUUGGGUCAUGAUGAGUCCGCCAUGGACGCUCCUCUCUUCAAGCCAGGCAACAGAAGCGCUGCUCAAAGACUACAAGAGAAGAUUGAGAAGCUAGGCCAAGCACCACCAGCAAGGGCGUCUAAAUCGAUUCCUUCUGCAUUGCAAGCUCGGCCGUCUGGCGCGCCACCGGCUCAGGAGCAGCAAAAACAGCAAACUGCCGACGAUGAUGAUGACUGGAUCAAGCCACUGACCUCGCCUGCUAAGUCAGCUGCUGCUUCUUCCCGCCAUGGUGGCUAUGAAUCAGAGCCUGGUGACGAAUUCGAUGUCCGCGCUCCAGAACUCAUCGCACACGAAGAAAGAAUGGCUGCUUUCUCGCCAUCACCUCCGAGACAGCGCCCAGGGUUCGGCCAUGCCAAAUCUGCAUCCACAGCCACACUCGCGUCUCCCGCCAAAAUCGCCAUGGGCCAGCCUCACAGUCCAGCAAAGUCUAUCUCUGUCUCAAACCCUGCUCAGCAACCCACAACUACCCCCGAGGGAUCACCUCGUAGACUGCUGAAUCUUAGCGCUUCCAAGUCCCGCCUGCAGUCCAUCAUGAAGUCAGCCAAGGGUCUCUUUACUAGCAGUGCGAGCGUCUCAGCGGCGGCGAAGCUGGAAAUACAGUCACCUUCGGCAAGACCGGCACCGAACGCGAUGCCGGGUAUGUUCCCACGAGGUGGCAGUGUCUUGGAAGACAAGCCUCUCCCAAGAAGCCCCGCCAAACCAGUCAGGCGCACCAGGAGCUCAACAGAACGCGAGAAGGUAGAGAAGCGCAGAGAGGACGACGCGAAGGCCAUGGAGCGCAUGAAUGAGCAGCUGCAACAGGUUCGCGAGAAGGAAGCGCAGAAGGCUGCGAGUCACAAGCAAGCCACAGAGCAAAAGACCGAAGAAGUGCAUGCCCCUUCGAAGUUACAGAGACCGACCAAGCCUAUUCGAGAGCCGACGCAAAAGGCAAAGCCUGCGCCGGUCGCGAUCAAGGUGGGAACGCUGUCACAACGUGUGCCAAUGGCCUCCUCCAUCGCAUCCAGUUCUCAAGAUGUGCUGCCAGCCGAGCCGAAACGUCCCGGCCUAAGCAAGAAAGCCAGCACAUCAUCUAUGAACUCUGUCUCUCACUUCAAGACCUCUACAACGACCUCGCAGCCAGCUAAACCCAAAGCACUGCUUGCCGCAGAACGCAAACGCGAAGCGGAUGAGCGUGAAGCGAAGCGAAAAGCCGAAGCGAAACGUGAGCUUGAACGAAAGAGAGAAGAAGCUCGUCAGCAGGAGGCUAAGCUACGAGCAGAGGCAGAGCGAAAGGAAAGAGAACGUGUCGCAGCGGAACAAGCCAAGCGACAGGCAGAGCAGCAAGCUAAGCAGCAAGCAAUUGAGCGAAAGCGACAAGAGGCAGCUCGAAAGGCUGAACAACAGCGACAGGAGAGACAGGAUGCUUCUCGCCCGCCGUCUCGAGCUGCGACCUGUGACGAUGAUGCAAGCAGAACGCAAGCUCCGAAAUUCGGCCAGGCUUCUCAGCAGCAGGAUGCUAAGCGCCGACGAACCGAAGACGAACACGAUCCAGCACCCAGACCAACCCUCGCAGGAGCCCCUAUCCGACAAUCGAAUCUUGGCAAGAAGACAUCCAUCUUCAGUUCCUCUCAUUACGCGCCUGCUCCACAACCCAGUCAGUUCCCUCAGCCACCAUCUCGAAUGCAGCCUCCUCAGAUGGGCGCGUAUUCCCACCAGAAGAUCCCCUUUAACAACGCAGUCACCAACGUACCCAACAACCCGCCUGCCCAACACAACAAAACACCAGCAUCAGCACACCACAAGACCCCAGCUUCGGCCUUCAAGCAGACAAUCGGAGUGGUCAAGUCCUCCCCACAAUACACACCCGGUGAGCAGAUCCACCUGCCCGAGAUUCCCACGGACUCCGAGGACGAAGACUCCGACGAUGACGACAACAACAAAAACGCCUUCCCGAUCCCUGACUGGGCGACACCCGGUCACCUCACGGACCAAUUGAUCCGGCAGGAGGGCAUGGAUGGGGACGCAGUGUUCGGGCCGAUUGCGCCGCUGAAGAUGGAGGAAGUGUUCGACAAGGGGAACAAGGAGAGACUGAAGAGGUUGAGGGAUCGGACAAGUAGUGCGAACUGGGCUAUGAGUGGCGAUGGGUUGACGCUAGAGGAGGUGAGACAUGAUCGGGAGCAGAGGGAGAUAAUGCGGCAGAACGGUGGUUGGAGAUAUGGCAACGGGGGCUGA